CUAUUGAAAUUUAAAGAAUGACCCAUCUGACGUCCUAUAAAAUAAUUACAAAGUAAAAUUGCCAACAGGCACAAGCGAAAACACCAAAUUACUUCAAGAACUACGGUAAACUUGAAAACAUUUUUAUAACAUGAAAGCAAAUUAAUUUAAAACAAGUUUGUAUAAAAUUCUAUCUAUUUUGAACCAAUUAUUACUUAUCCACAAUGAUGCAGUUUAUGCUUCUAUUUAGCCGACAAGGAAAAUUACGUCUACAAAAAUGGUAUGUGGCUCAUCCAGACAAGUUGAAGAAGAAAAUCACAAGAGAGUUGAUUACCACUGUUUUAGCCAGAAAGCCAAAGAUGUGCUCAUUCUUGGAGUGGAAAGAUGUUAAAGUUGUUUACAAAAGAUAUGCAUCAUUAUACUUCUGCUGUGCAAUGGAACAAGAAGACAAUGAGCUUCUAACAUUAGAACUCAUUCACAGAUAUGUUGAGCUACUUGACAAGUACUUUGGCAGUGUCUGCGAACUGGAUAUAAUUUUCAACUUUGAAAAAGCUUACUUCAUUCUCGACGAGUUGGUACUUGGCGGUGAACUGCAGGAGACCAGCAAGAAGAAUGUCCUUAAGGCCAUCGCUGCACAGGAUCUACUCCAGGAGGAGGAGACACCGCAGGGCUUCUUCGAGGACCACGGUCUUGGUUAAUUCUACAGGCGACCAAGCAACACAGCAGCCGCAGCGCAAAAAGAACUAUUAGGUUAUCGCAUAUGCAGUAAUUUGUUAGAAAUCAAUCUAUCUAUUACUAUUAAUAUUGGUUAUAUCUAGAUUUUAGUGGUUAUCCUCUUCGUGAUUGGCUUAACUUCCUAGGUGAAAAAGUUAUGUUAUUUAGCACCAAUUUUUUAGCGUUCAGUUUCUUUGAUGUACUUAAAAUUAUGUAAGGCACGGUUUUAUUCGUUUUUGUUGUAGGGAUAUAUUGUAAUAUAAAAGGGUUUGACCAGACGUUAUUCGUCAGUACGUUAAAAUAAAAUGAAUACAAGAUAUGUAAAAAAAAUGGUUUCCAUACAAGUAUCACUGCGCAGUUAGUUUUUAAUCUUAUCUGUUAAUUAUGGAUUGCUUCGACCGGAUUCUUUUUAUCAAAUGAAAAUCAUAAAUAAUUUUAAUAACUUCGGCAAUAUAAAUUAUUGAUAUGGAUAAAGUUUUCUUAGAUGUAUGUAAAUUGAGCACAUUGAAUCUUACUUGUAAUUUACAUGAGGAGAUCUAUUAAUUAUUCACUUAUUUAUUUUAAUUUAAUAUAAGGCAGCUUUUAAAAAUAUGGUAUCCGAUACUCACGUGCUGCUGUAAUUUAUUAAGUAUUAACAAGUGUCAAGUAAUAAAUGCCAAUAAUGUAACAAUUAUCUAAAAUAUAUUAUGUAUAAUAACGAACAACAAUUUUAUCUCAUUGUUAAACGAGUUUUCUGUUGUGAAACAAAAUGUAUCUUAAGUGAUGUAUCAAUAUGAAAGUAUUAUUAAAUACUAUU